AUGGCAUUGGGAGAUUUGAUGGCCUCUCACUUAUCCCAAUCCACCGUUCUUGUCGUUCCCUCCAUCCACAGCUACCUCGACGAUUCCACCACCUCCGCCGCCGUCGCCGCUGUUAACAACAGCAGUAGCAACGACGACGCCGAUUUUGCGCACCGCCGUGACUCCGAAGCUGCCAUCUCCAGCAGCAGCAGCGGCAACUAUGCCGGUAAUGCCGCCACCAGCAUGGCCUACCUUCCCCACACCGUUUUCCUCUGCGAGCUCCGCCACGACGCCUUCGAGGCCGCCGUCCCCGCUGGCCCCUCCGACAGCGGCCUCGUCUCCAAGUGGCGGCCUAAGGACAGAAUGAAGACUGGAUGUGUAGCUCUAGUAUUAUGUUUAAACAUUAGUGUCGAUCCUCCAGAUGUAAUAAAGAUAUCCCCUUGUGCCAGAAUGGAGUGCUGGAUAGAUCCUUUUUCUAUGGCACCACAAAAGGCAUUGGAGUCAAUUGGAAAAACUUUGAGCAGUCAGUAUGAAAGAUGGCAACCAAAGGCCCGCUAUAAAUGUCAACUUGAUCCGACAGUGGAUGAGGUGAAGAAGCUUUGUACUACUUGUCGUAAAUAUGCAAAGUCGGAAAGAGUUUUAUUCCAUUACAAUGGGCAUGGUGUGCCAAAACCAACUGCUAAUGGUGAAAUUUGGGUCUUCAAUAAGAGUUAUACACAGUAUAUUCCCUUACCUAUCAGUGAACUUGAUUCCUGGCUGAAGACCCCAUCAAUUUACGUCAUUGAUUGCUCUGCGGCUGGGAUGAUUGUGAAUUUCUUCAUUGAGCUUCAUGAAUGGAGUCCUUCCAACUCCUCUGUGUCCCAAAGGGAUUGCAUUCUGCUUGCAGCAUGUGAAGCACAUGAGACUUUGCCUCAGAGUGCAGAAUUCCCAGCUGAUGUGUUUACAUCUUGCCUUACCACACCUAUAAAGAUGGCAUUGCGAUGGUUUUGUACUCGUUCAUUACUUCGUGAAUCACUUGUUAAUUCACUUAUAGACAAGAUCCCUGGCCGUCCAAAUGACCGAAAGACACUUCUGGGUGAAUUGAAUUGGAUCUUUACAGCAGUAACUGAUACGAUUGCCUGGAAUGUUCUUCCUCAUGAUCUUUUUCAGAGACUGUUCAGACAGGAUUUGCUUGUUGCAAGUCUGUUUCGAAAUUUUCUACUUGCUGAGCGAAUCAUGCGAUCUGCAAAUUGUUCUCCUGUCUCUCACCCAAUGUUACCUCCGACCCAUCAGCAUCAUAUGUGGGAUGCAUGGGACAUGGCUGCUGAGCUCUGCCUCUCUCAACUUCCAUCUUUAGUUGAGGAUCCUAAUUCUGAAUUUCAGCGUAGUACAUUUUUCACCGAGCAGUUGACAGCAUUUGAGGUAUGGCUUGACCAUGGUUCUGAACAUAAGAAACCACCAGAGCAGUUGCCUAUAGUUCUUCAGGUUUUACAUAGUCAAUGCCAUCGGUUUCGGGCUUUAGUACUCCUUGGAAGGUUCCUUGAUAUGGGGCCAUGGGCUGUAGAUCUGGCAUUAUCUGUUGGAAUAUUCCCAUAUGUUCUAAAGCUGUUACAAACAACAACACCAGAACUACGACAGAUCCUUGUAUUCAUAUGGACAAAGAUUCUUGCACUUGAUAAGUCAUGUCAGGUUGAUCUAGUGAAGGAUGGUGGUCAUAUCUAUUUUAUUAAGUUUCUUGACAGCAUGGAAGCAUAUCCAGAGCAACGCGCAAUGGCUGCUUUUGUUUUGGCUGUGAUUGUGGAUGGUCAUAGACGAGGCCAAGAAGCUUGUAUUGAAGCUGGUUUGAUUCAUGUCUGCUUAAAGCAUCUUCAGAGUUCAUGUCCUAAUGAUUCACAAACUGAACCCCUUUUCCUUCAGUGGCUUUGCCUGUGUUUGGGGAAAUUGUGGGAAGACUUUUCAGAGGCACAAACAAUUGGUUUGCAGGAAGAUGCCACUACUAUAUUUGCUCCUCUACUGUCUGAACCCCAGCCAGAGGUUAGGGCUUCUGCUGUUUUUGCACUAGGUACCAUUCUUGAUGUGGGAUUUGAUUCAUGUAGAAGUGUUGGUGGAGAUGAAGAAUGUGAUGAUGAUGAUAAGUUUAGGGCUGAAGUUAGUAUAGUUAAGAGUAUGUUAGGUGUUGCUUCAGAUGGUAGUCCAUUGGUGAGGGCAGAGGUAGCAGUGGCUCUAGCACGAUUUGCUUUUGGCCACAACAAGCACCUGAAAUCUAUUGCUGCUGCAUAUUGGAAGCCUCAAGCUAAUUCUUUGAUUAAUUCCUUACCUUCAUUGGCUAAUAUAAAAGGUUCGGUUGGUGGAUAUGCUAAACAGAACCAACACAUGCCUUAUGGAAGUAUCGUUUCUCCUCAAAUUGGUCCUAUUAGGGUUGGAAAUGACAAUUCUCCAGUGAUUCGAGAUGGCCGCGUGUCUUCAAGCAGUCCUCUCGCUGGUUCAGGAAUCAUGCAUGGAUCCCCAUUGUCUGAUGAUUCAUCUCAUCAUUCUGAUUCAGGAAUUCUGAAUGAUGGUUUCAGCAAUGGAGUGGUUAACCACACUGGACCAAAGCCCUUGGACAAUGCAUUGUAUUCGCAAUGUGUACUUGCUAUGUGUACUUUAGCAAAGGAUCCUUCUCCACGCAUUGCAAAUCUUGGUCGCCGGGUACUGUCCAUAAUAGGUAUUGAACAAGUGGUUGCAAAACCAUUGAAGUUUAGUGGUGUUCGGACUGCUGAAUCUACAGCUUCUCCACUGGCUCGUUCAUCUUCUUGGUUUGAUAUGAAUGGAGGACACUUGCCACUGACCUUCAGAACUCCUCCAGUCAGUCCUCCUCGCCCAAGUUAUAUAACUCGAAUGCGUAGAGUUUGUUCAUUGGAGUUUAGGCCCCACCUGAUGGAUUCUCCUGACUCAGGAUUAGCUGAUCCACUCUUAGGUUCUGGUGGAGCUUCUGGGACUUCAGAUCGAAGCUUUCUUCCACAAUCAACUAUAUAUAGUUGGAGUUGUGGGCACUUUUCCAAACCACUUUUAACUGCUGCAGAUGAUAGCGAAGAGGCAUCAGCCAGAAGAGAAGAGAGGGAAAAAUUUGCAUUGGAGCACAUAGGCAAAUGCCAGCACUCUGCUGUUAGCAGGCUAAUAAAUCCAAUUGCUAAAUGGGACAUAAAGGGUACACAAACAGCAUUGCUGCAACCUUUCUCUCCUAUAGUGAUAGCUGCAGAUGAGAAUGAACGUAUCAGGAUAUGGAACCAUGAGGAGGCUACACUGCUUAACAGUUUUGAUAAUCAUGAUUUUCCCGACAAAGGAAUUUCUAAGCUCUGCCUUGUAAAUGAGCUUGAUGAUAGCUUGCUUCUUGCUGCUUCAUCUGAUGGAAACAUUCGGAUUUGGAAGGACUAUACUCUUAAGGGUAAACAAAAACUUGUCACUGCAUUCUCUUCAAUUCAUGGUCAUAAACCUGGUGUGAGGAGUCUGAAUGCAGUUGUUGAUUGGCAACAACAAUGUGGCUAUCUGUAUGCAUCGGGUGAGAUAUCAUCUAUUAUGCUAUGGGAUGUUGAUAAAGAGCAGCUUGUUAAUUCUAAAUCUUCAUCAUCAGAUUGCAGUGUCUCAGUGUUGGCAGCAUCACAAGUUCAUGGGGGACAAUUUGCAGCUGGUUUCGUGGAUGGUUCUGUUCGACUUUAUGAUGUCAGAACACCUGAUAUGCUCGUCUGUGGAUUAAGGCCUCAUACACAAAGAGUAGAAAAGGUUGUGGGGAUUGGCUUUCAGCCUGGAUUAGACCAAGGAAAGAUUGUUAGCGCUUCCCAGGCUGGGGAUAUCCAAUUUCUUGAUAUAAGAAAUCAUAGCAGUGCGUAUCUUACUAUUGAAGCUCAUAGGGGUUCACUCACAGCUUUAGCGGUACAUAGACAUGCUCCAAUUAUUGCCAGUGGUUCAGCGAAACAAUUCAUUAAGGUCUUUAGUCUGGAGGGUGAUCAACUAGGCACCAUUAAAUACUAUCCUACCCUAAUGGCCCAGAAAAUUGGUUCUGUAAGCUGCCUCAAUUUCCAUCCAUACCAAGUAUUACUUGCUGCUGGUGCUGCAGAUGCAUGCGUUUGUAUUUAUGCUGAUGACAACACUCAAGCAAGAUGAAUCCACAUUUUUUCCAAUGAUUUCAUCGGUUUUCUCCAGCUCAGAAGAGUGCAUCAAACAUCUCUCAGGAUUAUCAUGCAUAUUUCUUGUAGUUGGAUAAUCCUGUGAUGAUGCUUUAAUCCCUCUCCGCUGUGAAUACAUCUGAAAAUAUUGGUAGGGUACAUUCUGCUGAUAGUGUAUGCAAGAUAUUCAUUAGCCUCCAUGCUUAGAGGGUUGCACUCGACAGGAAGAAAGUCAUGCCUAUUGAUUUUGGAGGCUUCGGCAAAUAAUGUGAAAAUUCGUAAAUGUGUGUAAAUAUCAUUUUCUCCAUAAUUAUUUUUCAUUCCUGUUUUGCGUGCUAUUCCCGCCCUUGAUUUGUAAAUUUUUUAGUCAGAAUACAUAAGCUAGUUUGCUGACAAAUAUGGGUGAUUGGCUCCUGAAAAUGGGCCAUGUCACUCAUGAUUGUAGUUUCUGUUGAAUCGGGGGACCCUUGUUUUUAACCAACGUGUAAUUAUAUAUUCAAGUUUGUCUAAGUGUGGAAUUUCUGUCUCAAUCUAAAGGUAUAGUUUUAAUGGGCUU